UAGUUUAGUCAUUUAAGGUUAAUACAGAGACUCGUUUCUUCUUCUCAGUUGAAUGAAAAUUAGGGUUUUCUCGUUACCCCAACCAAAGUUCCGAUCUUUGAUUCACCGGAAUCAAAUGGCUCUUGGGAAGCGAACUCGUGACUACGACUCCAAUGACAAACCCAUCUCUUCGUCUCCCCUCAGGAGGAUGCAAGAAGACGACGCCUCCGGCAUGGAGUCGAUGCUCCGGAGGAGAAAACAACCCAAGACUACUCCAGUGUCUUCUUCCUCUAAUAACAAGAUGAAUUGGACUAAAGACGACGAGCUCAUCAUCCUCGGGAGUAUUGUAGAUUACGAAAAGGAAACGAAGCUGAGUCAUAGAUCUGACUGGGAUGCGUUCUACGGAUACGUUAAGGAUUUUAUUGAACCGGACUUCUCCAAGAAGCAGCUUACUGAUAAGAUUAGGAACUUGAACAAGAGGUUUUUGGGUAACAAGGCGAGGUGUGACGAUGAGGAAGGGCCUUCCUUUACUGAUACUGAAGACGAUAUCAUCUUCAAGCUGUCAGUGAUCAUUUGGGAUUCAACGAAUGAAACAGGGUGUGCUUCUGAUGAGAAUGUGGACCAAGCUAAGGAUGUGCCUUGUGUGGAGAAUGAACCUGUUGAUGAGAAUAUGGACCCAGCAAAGGUAGAUCUACCUUGUGUGGAGGAUGAACGGGUCGAUGAGAAUGUGGACCAAGCAAAGGCUCUUGAUUUGGAUAAGGAUGCGCCUUGUGUGGAGCGUGAACGAGUAAAUGAGAAUAUGGACCUGGACCAAGAAAAGGAUGUGCCAUGUGUGGAGCAUGAACUAGUUAACGAGAAUAUGGACCAAGAACAGGCUGUUCUUUGCACGGGGGAUGAGCCGAUGAGCAACGCAAGUAUCGAGACUGAUAAAGGAGAGAAAGAUGGUGUGGAUGAGUUUUGUGCUUUGAAAGAUGCACUAACUGAUAAAGAAGAGAAAGAGAAGAGUACAGAAGAUGUUGGGGAUGAGUUGUGUGCUAUGAAGGAUGCACUAACUGAUAAAGAGAAGAGUGAGGAUGUGUAUUGUGCUCUGAAGGAUGCACUUGAGGAGACGACAUUCUUUCAAAGUAUAGGUAAAUAUCAACAGAAGGUCCUGCUUCAGAAUUUGAAAAACCUUAGAGGUACAAGAAGAAAAGAGCUAGCUGAUGAGUUGAAGGAAUUGCUUAACGAGGAGAUGAAAGUGCGUGCCAAGAAACUGAGUUUAACCGCAAAGCUAGCAAGCGCAUGGGAGGAGUCUUGUUGAUUCAAAAGUAACAAAAAGUUCUGCUGCUUUUUUUUUUGGAACUUUACAUGGUUCUUUGAUUUUUUUUGUUGGGUGAUCAAAGCCAAUCUUUUGAACUGUUAAUUAGUGUACCUAGAAAAAGAUUGUGGCUUGUCCUUUUUUGUUUUGUCUCAUGUUUGUGGUAAUCAGUGACUCAUGUUUCUGAAAUGAAUCCAAAAUGACUCUUAUACCGGAGACCGGUUAAUCCCG